AUGCGCCGUGUUCCCUGCAAGCAGAGGCCGAAUGCCACACGGCUCGUGCAGAGCCAAGGUCUUGUCUUUGGCGACGUGGUGGCUCCCGGUGCCAAGGAGCCGUACUGGCCAGACGACCGUUAUUACUCGUUCACUGAGAAGGAGGUACUCCUCCUUGAAAGUGCCGCAAAAGACGUCUUUGACAUGUGCUGCGAGGCGGCAGACUAUCUUGUCGAGCACCCAGACAUGAUCACCAAGGACAUGGCAGUUCCAGCCUUCGCACUCAAGCAGAUCAAGGAGUCGUGGGACCCCGAGCCCGCUUGGGGCAGCAUCUAUGGCCGCUUCGACGUCUGCUUUGGAGGUCUCGACCAUCCCGAUCCACGAUUGCGGGUGCCAAAGUUCUAUGAGUUCAACGCAGAUACGCCGACCUCGCUCGUGGAGGCUGGGUCGAUCCAAUGGCUGUGGUUGGAGCAGACAGGCCACGGCAACGAUCAAUACAACAGCAUCACUGAGAAACUUGUUGACGGCUGGAAGCGCAACCUCUCGCUCAUCAGCACAAAGUUUGGUUAUAAGCCUGUUGUGCACUUCGCUGUCGGCGAGGGGGACCCCACAGGCGAAGAUGCCGUGAAUACCAUGCUUUUGAUGGAGACAUGCCAGCAAGCAGGUUACACCACCGUGCCAGUGACGAUGGAGGAGAUAUCCCUGUCAACCAAGGACGGCCGAUUCUACACCAGACAGGGCGAACACAUCGACGUUGUCUUCAAGCUUUACCCGUGGGAAUUUAUGGUCAACCAGGAGUUCGGCGAGGCGUGCUUCAAAGACAUGGAGAACAUCGGCAAGCAUGACGAAUCAGGGAACUACAUCGGGGGAACCGUGUGGAUUGAGCCACCGUACAAGCUCCUAUGGAGCAACAAGGCGAUAUGUGCCGUCCUCUGGAAACUUUUCAAAGACGACCCGAGAAGCAAGUGGCUUCUCCCCACAUACUUCGAGAACGAGAAGCCCGCUUCAAUGACAAGUUUCGCUCGGAAGCCGAUCUUUGCCCGUGAGGGUGCCGACGUGGUCUUGCGACAAGAUGGCAAAGUGAUCCAGGACGCGACCACUGGAGGGUACGGUAUGGAAGGGUAUAUUGUGCAGGAGCUCGCUGUGCUCCCCGAGUUCAAAGAUGCAGAGAACAACACGCAUUAUCCAGUGAUUGGCUUAUGGUUUGUCGACGGAGAUCCGGCAGGUAUGGGCAUUCGGGAGGACCUGACGCCGAUAACCACCAAUGCCUCGGUGUUUGUUCCCCACUCUAUUGAGGACGGACCCGUGAAUUACACCAGGCAGAGGGUUCCUGACGAACAGGAAAUCGAAGAUGUUUUCAAGGCUGCAGAGUUUCGCGAUUCGAUUUCCAGGGAACAGAACGAGUUGAUCAAUUAUAUCAAGAGGGUCACAGUUUAG